AUGGGUCUCAUCCGAUCGCGCGCGAGUCCCUCUGCGACAGUCGGGAAGUGGCUGGCCGCUGCCGUAGCUCGCCUUCUGUUUCUCGCCGCGCUCUGCGCCGUUUCCGCUGCUCUGCUCGCCCUUGUCUCGUGGAUCGACACUCAGGCUAAGCGGCAUGGCGGUGCUGCCAGCCACUCCACGCGCGGGGUGGAGCUGCCAGAGGCACAGCACAGGGAGGAGGCGAUGAGGGCGGUGUGGGAGAUGGCAGGGGCGGACAGGCGCACAGCAGAGCGCCUCAGGCUCGGCCUGGUGAUCCCAGAGGUGGUCAGCUGGGAGCCUCGGGUGAUUCUCCUCAAGUCCUUUCUCAGCUGGCAGGAGUGUGAGGCGCUCAAGGCGAUGGCGAGGAAGGCCCUCGAGUCAUCCACCGUUGUUGACUCCUCCUCCGGCAAGAGUUACCGCAGUGAGGUGCGCACGAGCAGCGGCAUGUUCCUCUCGCACUCCGACUCCGCCCAACCCCUCGUCAAGCGCAUCGAGGAGCGCAUCGCUGCCUUCUCCAACGUGCCGCCUCAAAACGGCGAGCUCAUCCAAAUACUCAAGUACGAGCACGGCCAGCACUACCUGCCGCACCCUGACUACUUCUCGGAUCAGGUGAACGUGCGGAGGGGAGGGCAGCGGGUGGCUACGAUGCUCAUGUACAUCGAGGCGCCGGAGGACGGCGGCCAAACCAUCUUCCCCAACGCGGGAGGCAGCAGCAAGUGUGAGUGCGGCGGCGAGAUGAAGGAGGGCAUCUGUGUGCGCCCAGUCAAGGGCGAUGCUGUGCUCUUCUGGAAUGUGGACUUUGAGGGCAAGGUGGACCCGAAGAGUCUGCACGGCAGCUGCGAUGUGCUCAAAGGGGAGAAGUGGUCUGCCACCAAGUGGAUGCGCCAGCACGAGUUCCACUGA